UUUAGUUAUUAGAAAUGAAUUCAAAUUUAAUGCAUUGCAUUGCAUACGCGUUGGAGCAGUUUCUUUUUUUUUUUUUCUUUCCUGGGCCUUUUUACAUUUCAAUUUAGAUCUGAGACCUCUAUCUAGAGCUAAAUCGCCACUUUUUCCCCUUCCACUCCACGCUUCUAUCAGUAAAAGAGAGAGCUUUUGAGAGGGACUUCAUUUGUAGCACAUAAUGACGAACAAAGAUUCCAAAUCGGGGAUUUACCCUAAUAAAAGGUCCCGAGUUGUACCAAUGUCCUUGAUGCUCAUGGUACUAUGUGGAUUUUCAUUCUACCUUGGAGGAAUCUAUUGCUCUGAGAAAAACAGAUUCUUUAAUAAGGAUGCAGUUCCUCUAAUUCGACCACUCAAAGAGACGACAGUCGUCCCCCUCAAAAUUAAGCCUGUUGUAUUUCCAGAGUGCAGCAGUGAUUAUCAAGAUUACACGCCGUGCACAGACCCUAGGAGGUGGAAGAAGUAUGGUAAUUACAGACUGACUUACAUGGAACGCCACUGUCCGCCAAUGACUGAGAGAGAAGAAUGUUUGGUGCCUCCUCCUGAUGGGUACAAGCCACCAAUUAGAUGGCCGAAGAGCAGAAAUGAAUGUUGGUAUAGAAAUGUUCCUUAUGACUGGAUAAAUAAUCGGAAAUCAAAUCAGCACUGGCUAAGGAAAGAAGGUGAUAAAUUCUUCUUCCCUGGGGGAGGUACUAUGUUCCCAAAUGGAGUUGGCGCCUAUCUUGAUCUGAUGCAAAGUCUAAUACCUGAAAUGAAGGACGGAACUGUCCGAACUGCUAUUGACACUGGCUGUGGGGUUGCCAGCUGGGGAGGUGAUUUAUUAGACCGUGGAGUUUUGACGGUUUCACUUGCACCUAGAGACAAUCAUGAGGCUCAAAUACAAUUUGCUCUCGAACGUGGCAUUCCAGCAAUUUUAGGCAUUAUUUCUACUCAACGUCUUCCUUUUCCAUCCAAUUCAUUUGAUUUGGCCCACUGUUCGAGAUGCCUUAUCCCAUGGACGGAAUUUGGCGGCAUUUAUCUAAUGGAAGUGCAUAGACUACUUAGGCCUGGUGGGUUCUGGGUGCUCUCUGGGCCUCCCAUAAACUAUGAAAACCGAUGGCAUGGGUGGAACACAACAGUAGAGGAAAAAAAAGCUGAUUUUGACAAAUUAGAGAAAUUGCUUGCAAGCUUGUGCUUCAAACUAUACAAUAAAAAGGGUGACAUUGCUGUGUGGCAAAAAGCUCUAGAUAACAGCUGCUAUGAUAAGCUGAAUCCUGCUACUUACCCUUCAAAGUGUGAUGACAGCAUGGAUGCAGAUUCUGUGUGGUAUACUCCGCUCCGCUCAUGCUUAACCGUUCCAAACCCUAAUUUCAAUAAAUUUGGACUAAACUCCACUCCUAAAUGGCCUGACCGGUUAGAUGUAGCUUCAGAGCGGAUCACCAUGGUUCCUGGUGGGAAUUCUGGUGGAUUUAAGCAUGAUAACAGUAAGUGGAAAGCGAGGGCAAACCAUUAUAAGAGUUUCCUUCCUGCUCUUGGAAGUGAUAAAAUUCGAAAUGUUAUGGAUAUGAAUACACUGUAUGGGGGCUUUGCUGCUGCACUUAUAAAUGACCCUGUGUGGGUGAUGAAUGUUGUUUCUUCUUAUGGUGUGAACUCACUUGGUGUGGUCUAUGACCGGGGACUGAUUGGUACCUACCAUGAUUGGUGUGAGGCUUUCUCAACUUAUCCUCGAACAUAUGAUCUCUUGCACCUCGAUGGCCUGUUUACUGCUGAAAGUCACAGAUGUGAGGUGAAAUAUGUGCUCCUCGAGAUGGAUCGGAUCCUACGACCAAGUGGGUAUGCUAUUAUCCGCGAGUCUAGCUAUUUCAUAGAUUCCAUAGCGACCAUCGCCAGAGGUAUGGGAUGGGAUUGCCAGAAGAAGGACACUGAAUACAACAUUGAAAAGGAGAAGCUGCUAAUAUGCCAGAAGAAACUUUGGUAUCCAAAGCACAGUGAACAAUAUGGAAGUGCGAGUAAAUAAAGGGACUUUUUUACAAAAUAAUCCUCUAAAACUCUAUAAUUUAUAAAAUAAUCCUGCCAAAUUUAUAUUUGGCAAACGCGGUGAAUCGUUCACCGCAUUCUUUCAUGCUUUAAAAGUAGUGAAUCGUUCAUCACAUUCACUCAUGGCUUUUAAAGGCAAUGAAUCAUUCACCGCAUUCACUUAUGCCUUUUGAAUGCGGUAAAUCGUUCACCGCAUUCACUCAUACCUUUUACAGGCGGUGAAUCGUUUACCGCAUUUAUUAAGAUUGUAUAUGAAUUAUAUAAUAAAUAGAAAAAAGUGAGGUUGCUAGAAUUAUAAGUGGAUUAUUAGAAUUUUUAUUUGAUAGUUAGGAUUGUAUGAAUAGAUUAUUAUGAUUUUCAUAUUGUUAAGAUUAUAUAAAAUUGUAGGGAUAGAUUAUUAGAAUUUUCACGUUGUUAAAAUUAUAUGUAAUUUGUUGAAAAUUGUUAUGUGGUCGUUAGGAUUAUAUAUGAGAUAUAGAAAGAAACAGUUAAUAAGUGAAAGACGGAGAAUAAUUCACCGCCAUGUGGGAAAAAUUCAUAGGGUUAUUUAUCUAAUUAGAUAAUUUUAUAGGAUUAUUUUUUAAAAAAGUCCUAAAUAAAGACUAAUUAAAGUAGUUUAGGAUAGAAGGUAUAUACAGAGAAAAUCCUCAGAUUCUUUGAGUCAGACUUCUCUUAUUAUGUAGGCUCGCCAAAAACAUACUGCAAGAUCGAAUUUAGAAAUCUUGAAGUUAGGAUUAAUCAAUUUUUGUGUAUUCUUUAGCAAGGAGCAUCAGUAGAAUUUCAUAUUCCAUAAUUGUUGAAGCAACCGGAUAAAUGGCAAUUACAUCUAAAACUUUUUAUGUAUUCAAUUAGUUCCGUGCAAUGGUGGUUGAAUGAGUGUUAGUAAGUAAAAUAUCAUUGAAGUAAGUUGUGUGCUACAAUGCUGCAUAGUGUGUGUUUCUUGGAUUGCAAAAGUUAUGGUAUCGUGGCCUGAGAUGAAUAUGGAUGAAUUUUCAUAUCCAUGCUCACAAAUUUGUAGUUCUUAUGCUUU